AAACACCACAAUAACAAAGAAACAAACUCAACCAAUUGGUUUCACCUCACCAUCAAGAAUUCAAGAUAAUUGCAGUUCAAACUUGCUCCUCUAAUGGCAUGGUCCGAGCUUCCAACGUCCCUUUCUCACCUUUUAGGAAACGACAGCUAAAUGGGUGUGAUAGGGACCCGACCACAAGCAUUUUCGUUUGUUAAAUCAAACUCUCUGUUGCAGGAGGAGCCUUCACUGGAAUCUUUUUGCUUUCUUUAAACGUGGCUUGUCAAAUCAAAAGAAUAAAAAGAAAGACUAAAAAAUGGAAUGGGUUGGUGUGGGAAGGUCAGGUCUUUUGAGGUUUCUAUACUUCUAACGAACUCUAGAAGUUAACAGACUUUCCACGUUCAUGUCCUCUUCUAAACAGCAUGAGCUGCCAGGGAAUUGGUUCUGGGUCAUCAUUUCUAACUCUUCUCACUCAUAUUUUAUUAUCUUUGUGUACGAGUUUUGUGUAUAUAGAAGGUUUCGAAUCUCACUUGCAGCUCCCACAAUCCUUGUUGUCGGCAACUUCCGGAUCCAGAUCCAAAAGGGUCUUCUUUGUCACUGAUUUUGGUGCUAGAGGUGAUGGUGUUAGUAAUGAUACUCAGGCUUUCAAGGAUGCUUGGAAGAAGGCUUGUUCUUUCCCAGCAAGAACAAGAAUUGUAAUUCCAGCUGGAAUAACUUUGCUGGUCCAUCCUGUUGAAUUGGCUGGGCCUUGUAAAUCAAGAAUCACCCUUAAUAUCUCUGGUACUAUUGUUGCCCCCAAAGAUCCUGCUUCUUGGAAAGGUCUGAAUCCUCGUAAAUGGCUAUACUUCCAUGGGAUAAACCACCUUACAAUAGAUGGGGGAGGAACAAUCAAUGGUAUGGGACGGAGAUGGUGGGCUCGAUCUUGCAAGAUCAACCCAAAAAAACCAUGUCGACAUGCUCCUACGGCAAUGACUUUCCACAAGUGCAAGGAUUUGAGAGUUACGAACCUUCAAAUUGUCUAUGGUCAGCAAAUGCACAUUGCAUUCACUAAUUGUAUCCGAGUUAUGGUAUUCCGUGUUUUGGUGACUUCACCUGCUUUUAGCCCCAAUACCGAUGGAAUUCAUAUCAGUGCAUCCCGUGGUGUCGAGGUCAGAGAUAGCAUAGUCAGGACAGGAGAUGACUGCAUCUCCAUAGUCAGCAACUCCUCACGGAUCAGAAUCAGGAACUUUGCCUGUGGACCAGGGCAUGGCAUAAGCAUUGGAAGCCUGGGAAAAUAUAACUCGUCAUCAAAGGUUUACGAUGUAAUGGUGGAUAGGGCAUUCCUAUCCAACACUGAUAAUGGGCUUCGAAUAAAAACAUGGCAGGGAGGUAAUGGUGAUGCCAGUCAGAUCAAGUUCCAGAAUGUUUUAAUGGAAAACGUAUCAAAUCCAAUUAUAAUAGAUCAAUAUUAUUGUGAUUCACCACUUCCAUGUGCAAACCAGACUUCAGCUGUUAAAGUGGCGAAUAUAUCCUUUAUGCACAUCAAAGGAACUUCAGCUACAGAGCAUGCUAUAGUAUUUGCUUGCAGUGAUUACUCUCCGUGCGAAGGGUUAUAUUUAGAAGAUAUUCAACUAGUGUCAUACACUGAAGAAAUCACAAAAUCUUUUUGUUGGGAAGCCUAUGGCUCAAGCGUGGGUCUAGUCAGUCCCCCUUCCUGCUUCUCAUGUACUGAGAGCUUCAUUAAGCAGAGAGUCCCAUCCGACUCCCUACUGUUCUUCUGAAGAAAGGCUGCACCAUUUGAAUUGAACAUGUACAAAAAUCAUAACCAGAAAAUUAUUAUUGGUCCAAGAAUCUUGUUGGAUCCGAUUCUUUGUCAAGAAGACAUCGAAGGCAUUCCAUAUUAUGGAUCAUGCCAUGGUGAAGAAUAAUUUAUUUCUAGAACUAUUCUUAUAUUUGUUUCUCAAAAUUUGCUGAUGCCCUUGUUUUAUAUCGCGGAGAGCAUCAGAUGGGAAAUGAUCUGUAAAUAGUAGAGACGUCAAAGACUUGAGAUUUGAUCAAGUAUAUUCAUUGUAUAAUCUCAUGUGACAUUAACAAUGCCUGAGUUUAUCAAAGAUUAUUAAGUAUUUAUAUAAAUGGAGAAAUUUGGCACAAUAA